UUUUCUCUGACCAGCCAGUCUGUUCCCCUCCCUGCCUGCCUGUCUAUCUGCCUGCCUGGCUGCUUGCUUUCACUCCCACCUCCUCCACUGGACUCAAAUGCUAGUAAUUCCCGUAGGUUAGCUGGUAUUGGAGUAUUAGUCAAAUACACAGAGUGAAACCGCAUUGAUUUCACCCCAGAAUCACCCCGGAGGCACAAGCAGCGGAAACGACUCUGACUUACUUGAAGUAACAACAACUGGAUUAAAUCGAGUGGGAAAACAAAAGACCACACCACUUUGUCUCACUUAGAUAGCAGAACACCACUGGAAUUAUCAUCUCAAAGAAAAUAAACAUCACCAGAGUGACCAGCUAAUCAACGUGUUUUACUGCGACCAGCCGGGGGUUCAGAUAAAUGGCUGAUAAACAGAUCAGUUUGCCUGCCAAAUUGAUCAAUGGAGGGAUUGCUGGGAUUGUUGGAGUGACCUGUGUGUUUCCCAUUGACCUGGCCAAGACUCGCCUGCAAAACCAGCAAAAUGGAUCUCGCCUUUAUACCAGCAUGUCAGACUGCCUUAUUAAGACCAUUCGAUCAGAGGGGUAUUUUGGGAUGUACAGAGGAGCUGCGGUGAACCUAACGCUAGUUACACCAGAGAAGGCUAUCAAAUUGGCUGCUAAUGACUUCUUCAGGCAUCACCUCUCCAAGGAUGGAAAACUCACUCUGGUCAAAGAGAUGCUGGCUGGGUGCGGAGCGGGUACAUGCCAGGUUAUUGUAACAACUCCUAUGGAGAUGUUGAAAAUCCAGAUGCAGGACGCUGGGAGGCUUGCUGCUCAGAGGAAGCUCAUGCCAGAGACGGUGCCAGCAGGAACGGUGGAGACAAAGUCCCCGACAGCCAUGCAGAUCACCAGACAAUUACUGAGGGAAAAGGGUAUUGCUGGACUCUAUAAGGGCCUUGGUGCCACACUGCUCAGGGACGUUCCUUUCUCCAUCAUCUACUUCCCCCUUUUUGCUAAUCUGAAUAACCUGGGGAAGAAAGAUGCAGAGGGCCCCGCUCCUUUUUACGUGUCGUUCAUAUCAGGCUGCGCUGCAGGAAGCACAGCGGCUGUUGCAGUCAACCCUGUUGAUGUGAUAAAGACUAGACUUCAGUCCCUGACUCGAGGAAGCACAGAAGACACGUACUCUGGAGUGAUCGACUGUAUCAGGAAAAUCAUGCGCAACGAGGGUCCUUCAGCCUUCCUGAAGGGAGCCUACUGUCGCGCCCUGGUCAUCGCACCUCUGUUCGGCAUCGCCCAGGUCGUCUACUUCCUGGGCGUGGGCGAAUAUAUCCUCAGCUUCUUGCCCAAGAAAAACAACUAAGACGCGCCUCUGUUCUGCCUUCCCUCCCAUGAUGCAUUACAUCAGCUCCAUGAGGAUUCGUCUGAUUCUUAGAGGGUUUUUUUUGGAUCUCGUUUAUUUUUGUUUUUAAAUUGUGCUGAAUGUUCAAAAAGUUCAGAAAGGAGCCUUUGUUUUGCCAAGAUGCCUGUGGCAGCGCACAAGUUUCCAGUUGUCAAGCUCCGCCACAGCAGCUUUCUGGAAAUCAUGCUACAAACAGAGGUCUGUAAUUAAAUGAUUUUAUUGUACUUUUAAAUAUGAUUGUCAAACUUAGAAAAUUAGAUGUACUGCCCUUGGCUGUAGCAGCUCUGCAAGCCGUUCAGUAAUGCUCUUUGGCGGCUUCAUUACCCUUUUGAUAUCAGACCAUCCUGUUGCAUUCGAUGCGAAAUUUCCAUUUUCCACUGCCCUAAAUUGAUCAAUAAAGUCAAAAUUUUCUGUUAGAAAUAUAUAGAAAAUCUGGAGUAGGCAUGGGCCAGUAUGAAAUUCUCGUGGUAUGACAACUAUGUGCAGAAAUGCCAUGAUAUUACUGGUUUAGACAUAAAUUCUGAAACAACAAUUUAUACAAUUAUUUUAAUUUGAAGCAGAAAAUCAAUCAAAUAUUGCUACUCCUGCUAAAAUAAUACUACAAUGAGUUAUGAUAUUGUUAAAUAUCAAGUAUAUUAUGAUUAAGAAUAUUAAUAUUUUAUUGAUAAAUGGACACAAGCAAAUAUGCAAGGAUUUAGCUUAUUAUUAUGCAGAACAUCAAUUAUACACACACUUUUGUGGUUUUGUUGUUUAGAGAGAAACUAUAGGGGUCUACUAAUAUUUUUAGUUGGUUAAUUAGAUAGCUAGCCUGCAGCCAGCUGCUGAACAGACAUACCAAAGUGUGACAGCAAGUGAUAGGUGGAAAUCAGUUGACUUUCAUGAAGAGCUAAUUUUAUUCUUUUUUGAACAAAAGGGCAAAAGGUAGCAGCCUUUUUGAGCUAGCUGACCAACAACGUGCAGAAAUAGUUUGGGGAGGGGUUUGGAAAAAUGUGUUGUUGUUUCCAUGGCUCCUUGUUAGACUUUUAGUUGAAAUAACUGUAUUAUGUAAAUCUUUAGUGAGUUUUAAGCUGUAACUUUUUAAAACCAUCGUAAUACAUUGAUUUCAGUAACCAGCCCAUGCCUAAUCUGGAACUUUUGUGGAUUACUUAAAAAAAAGUCAAAUAGUCUUUAUGUAAUGAGAGAAUACUAAACAGUGGGAGUCUGGUUCAUGCCAAGUCCCAGGGCAGUGUGUUGAUGUGAUACCAGCUCACUCCCUGUGAUCUUUCCUGGGAAUCUACUUCCUUUUUCUUGUAUAGUAAGUGGUUUUAAUGAACUCAACGGUUCAGCUCAGAGCAGGCUUUAAUUGCCUUGGCUUUUUAAGGAGAUCAGGUUCCAUCUGAUAUUUAGUUUAGCCACAGUGGUUCUAAUGUUUGGCCUCCGAGAACAAUGUCUGUUUUUUGUGCUCACACCAUGCAACUUCUGAUUAUUGUGAACGGCCACAGACUGUGUUGCUGAAGUUUAAAUUCAAAACAACAUCACAGUUGAGUGAUCAUCGAGGAGAUUGUUUUUGAGCUUUAAGACCCUUGCGUGCUGAAAUGUUCUGCAAUCUGUGAUUUACUGUGGAUUUCUAGAUGGUCAGACAUCAUGUUGUGAAACCUGUAGUCGCAGACUUGUUUUUUUCUUUUUUUGUUUACACAAGAGUUUGCUCUUCAUUUUCCAGCUUUGUCCAAACUUGCAUUCAGUGGCAGGACCCAAAGAACUAAUGAAAAACCUAUUCAUUCAUUUGAAAAGUCAGACCAAUGCGCUCUCAGUGUUGUGUGAUUUGUACCAAACAUUUCUGCUUGUUUGCUUUAGAGGUUUUGUUUGCUUUAAGCCGCCAGGCGUAAAAAAGAAAAAAAGAACAGCCCUGUCGUAUCUUGUUUAUGCAUCACAACACUGAGGCGCCCUGCCAUUGGUAAAUCAAGGUGACUUUGAUGUGUAUUAUCCAAUCACAUUCCUUCCUUGCUCCCACUGGUCAAGCAGCUCUUUACUUGUUCUGUUGCACUUCUGAUGCAACUUUUUCAGUGUGAUAUCAUUUGUGGGAGUGAGCUUUAUUUAUAGAUAUUCCCUCCUAGAAGCAGUAUAGCGUUAUAUAUUUGUAUGUUUUUUUUUUUUAGUGUUGUAUUGUCUACCUUGUUAUCUAUAUUGUACAUAUUCAGAUGAAAUGAACUCUGUUUUAGAAUUUAUUGUUUUUGUACAUUAUGGAUUAUUUGCACACCUACCUCUCCACCUUCCCCAUUCAAUUCAUAUUGUGGUGAUUUUAUGUUAGAAUGACAAGUCAAAUGAAGGAACAUCAGAGUUUUUUCAUUACUGUGCGCCAAGGGGAACACUAGCUGAUCUUCAGAUGGAUUUUUUUUUUGGAGGUGCCAUUUUCUCCGGACUAUGAGUUAAAUCUGUGGGUUCAGCCACUUGUUUGAACAUAGGACCAAAUGAAGAAUCUUACUGCUGAAGUUUAGUUUCCAGUGAAUGACAUAACAAUAAAUAAAUGCACACUGAGGAAGACGA